GAAAAGAUUGUAAAGGAUUGAUUAUCUUGUGCAAUAUCGAACAUCAGUUCAAUCUUUUUGAUACAACCCAGCGACACUUAACAAAUUAUUAUGAACACUCUCUGUCACAGCAUUAGCAAGCAAUGGCCGGCGAAAACAGGUCUACUGUUAGUACCGGUCACAGGCCCGACGACUUCAUUACUACGCAUCACUAGUCAGCGAAGCUAUUCUUCUUAUCAUAACGCUAGAAUUGGGAAUACAUAUAUGAAAUACAGGCCUACUCAACGAAUACGGCAUGAGGCUAAAGGUCGAGCUUUGUUUAGCUCCGAGACGUGUGCAGCUCAGGAGCCUGUUAUCCAUAGUGUAUACGAAGAGAAGACGGGAACAUGGCAAUAUGUGGUUGCUGAUCCUUCUUCAAAAACAGCCGUCAUUAUUGAUCCGGUUUUGGACUACGACCCAGCUACACAGAUCAUUAGCUCCCAAACUGCCGAUUCACUUCUUUCAAUGAUCAAGGAGAAGGACUACAAGAUUGACAGGAUCCUGGAAACGCAUGCUCAUGCGGACCAUCUCACUGCGGCAUCAUAUCUUCAAGAUUGUCUAGCUGAGCAACAAGGUCACAGACCUCCAAUCUGUAUCGGGCAGCGCAUUGGGGAGGUGCAACGAUUGUUUAGUCAGAUUUAUGAUAUUCCGGCACAUGAGUAUGAGAAUGCUUUUGAUAAGCUUUUUGACGAUGAUGAGACUUUUGAUAUUGGGAGAUUAACAGCUACUAUUGUGCACUUGCCCGGGCACACCCCAGACCAUGUUGGAUACAAAAUUGGAGGGAAUGUGUUCUGCGGUGACUCAAUCUUCCAUGCAGACAUUGGCACUGCACGUUGUGAUUUCCCCGGCGGCAGCGCUGACGAUCUAUAUAACUCAGGACGCAAGUUACUCGCAUUACCAGACGAGACAAAAAUCUGGACAGGUCAUGAUUAUCCUUCAAAUGUACGUGGAGCGCCAGUGCCAUGGUUGAGCGUCAAGGAUCAAAGGAGGAAUAACACACAUCUAAAUGACCAUGUAGACAAGGCAAAUUUCGUGACGCUACGGCGGACGCGAGAUGCUGAGUUGUCGGAGCCAAAGUUGCUACACCAGUCCCUGCAGAUCAACAUCCGAGCUGGCCGUCUUCCAAAGCCAACAUCAUCAGGUUAUUCGUUGCUUCACCUUCCCUUAAAGUUGAAGAACAUAGCAUGGGACGUAAGAGCGGCCUGACUUUGAAAGAUGUUAUUCGAUGUAUACUAUUUCACUACUGUAAUACUAGAUUUGAAGUAUUGUUUUCA